GUACAGACUACCUACUAGGUAUGCUUACUACAAGCAUCGGAGGUCGGAAGAUUCUCUGACACCUCGAAAGCUACCUAGAUAAAUGUUAUGUUAGGGAGAUGCCGGGAGAUACCUGAGUAGGUAUACGGUUUCUUGAAAAGGCAAUAGUCCUCUUUCAAGGCAAACCGAACCCUGAAUGGGGGGUAAUGCAGGGGGAGUUCCAGACGUGUGAGCGGGGCACCAACACGUUUUGACGGCGUUUUAAAGCGACGCCUAUAUAGGUAUUCAAACCCUCGGCAAGCCGUUGUCGCCUAGAAUUAGCCAAUAAGGAUCGCGAUAGAUCAAAUACGGACCCUUCAUCUCGGAGAGCUCCAGGUCUGCUCCGGGGUUCAUCAAUGUGCGACUGGGGAAGCAAGAGGUGUCAGCCGCACAAUAUUAAGGCAAGCCGCAGACUACCGACCCGCGGGGCCAGAUGGAUGAUCUACGAGAUUCAAGAUGUGUCUGCUCGCGCGCAAGUUUGCUCGCCCAUCAACUAUUCGCAUGUCCUUACGGUGAUGCUGACGGGCGCGGGGAGUCUGUCUUCGGUCUCAUACCCUAAGCAUAUGAACCUCGGAAGCCUCUUAUAUCUCCACCGUCUAACAUACUUUGCCAAUGUCGCCGGCGACGACGACUGCUAAGCAGCAGACGACCUUUGGCGAGCGCCUUUCCGAACUUACAACAGUCUUCACUCCGCCGUGCCCAAUUACGUGGCUGCUAACGACGACGAAAACGCCAUCUCAGUUUCCGGCGUUUCCUACCACAGGACCCUCCUCAUGCGAUCCCCCCUCUUGGGUCGAUAACAUCUCCCAAAAGGGCUUUGCCUAUUACUCGCCAGCGAUAUGUCCCAGCGGCUUCGACGUAGGCUGCACCGCAAAUGAUGACCGCAUCGGCGAAGGAUUUCCGCCCACGUCGUCGGGGGAAACUGCUAUGUACUGCGUUCCGAGCGGGUUCGCUUGCACGUCGGACACAACCGACUUUCGAGGUGGCAUCUGGGGAUUUUCGGGGAGUGGUCCUUCUGUCACCGUAGGACCAGCCAUACAGAUCCGUUGGAGGGAAGAAGACUUGAGCAGCCUCCAAACAGACCCCUUGGACCCAUUAGAUUCUAGCCGGCCAUUCGACGUGACUAUAGAAUCAUCUGUUUUUAGUAUAACGGAGACCACCCUCCCAACUUCUUCACCACCCGAAAUAACUUCAGUACUAUUCGCCCCCCCAGCAAUCUCAACUGGAACGACUGCAUCGUCUACUAAUUCCCCUAUUACACCUACUGCAAUAGAGCUACCCACAAGCACAUCCCUACUCUCGUCCCCUAGUCAACUGGAUACAGCGGUGCCGAUCCAAACUGGAACCGCAUCUACCACCAGUAGCGAGAAUAAUCCGAUCCCUAGUGCAAACGAAGGCAGUUCUACAAACGUUGCGUCGAGUACAAAUACGGCGGCAAUGGCUUUGUCCGGGAUUCUCAUCGUGAUCAUACUCGGAUUCUUGGCAACGGUAACUUUUCGUCGAUAUCGUCGGUACCGCGCCGGAAAGAUAGAGGCAUUCUUUCCCUUCCAACCUACACUCUGGGCCAAACAAGUCAUGGGUAAAUGGUCCAGCAGGUCAAACCCUCCGCAUCGAAGCCCGGGGGACCUUCCGGCCAAGGUGCCGGAUGCUGAGUUAGGUACUGAUGGGCCGAUACCGGAACUUGGACCGGGGGAUCCGCUGGGCACAAAGGAUAAUCCGGCAGAGCUGGCAGGAAGCGGCGCGAGAAAUAGUUGGAUGUCACAUGUAUCGCGAAUAUUUACGGGGAGGUUGAGGAAGGAAACGUGGUCGGUUUGAAAGCCUUGCGUUUUUCAUCAGUUGCGUAUUCUGCGAGACAGGGCGUACUAUGAUUAGAUGACAGCGUUUGACGGAGGCAAUUCCGGGUUGUUAUAGAAAGAUUUCCAAUCCAUGUAUUCUAAAUAACUACCAACUGCUUAUGUACCUUGGCGGUUAGCUUAAGGUGUUUGAACUUACCAAGGGAAUUUGGAGAGGACGUACCUACUGCUCAGGGCUCUAGAUGGAGAAAGCCCGGAGUAGCCGGCUAAGAAAUCGUUACUGCCCAUCUAUGGUCGAUAUUCCAUUAGAUACGAAGUCAGAAGUCUCACCUUGCGCAAGACGUGGUCUAGCUACGAUGGUACCUGGGUGCCAGGUUAACUGGAUAGAAAAUAAAACUGCUAAAUCUGAGCCAAUAAACAGUCU